ACCGCCAUUUUGUUCCGCCUUCAGUUCCUUAAACAGCCGCAUGACCCGGAAGUGAAUAAUUUCUGUCUUGACACGUAGGUAGCUAGCAGAGCUGGCUGUGUUCUUCAGGACUGUGUACACCAACUGCUAAAGGCUGCUCGUCAUGUCCGGGUUUGAGAGCUUCAACACAGACUUCUACCAGUCUCCUUACAGCGUAGACGACCAGAGCCAAGGCAGUUACAGCUAUGGCAAUGCAGAAGAUCCUUACAACAAGGCGUACGGUCAGUACGAUUAUUCCCAGCCGAUGGGCUACAGCGCGCCGCCGAUGAUGCAGCCGCAGCAGCCUUACACGGGACAGAUCUAUCAGCCCACGCCUGCGUUCACACCGGCCUCCUCACAGUCCGUGUACAGCAGCAGCUUCGAGGAUGAGCCGCCACUGCUGGAGGAGUUAGGAAUCAACUUUGACCACAUCUGGCAGAAGACACUAACGGUGCUGCACCCCAUGAAGGCAGCAGAUGGCAGCAUAAUGAACGAAACGGAUCUGGCCGGUCCCAUGGUGUUCUGCCUGGCCUUCGGGGCUACGCUGCUGCUCACAGGUAAGAUCCAGUUCGGCUACGUGUACGGGAUUAGCGCCAUCGGCUGCCUGGGCAUGUACUGCCUCCUGAACCUCAUGAGCAUGACGGGCGUGUCGUUCGGCUGCGUAGCCAGCGUCCUGGGGUACUGUCUGCUACCCAUGAUUCUCCUCUCCAGCUUCGGCGUGCUCUUCUCCUUACAAGGCUUGCUGGGAAUCAUUUUAACAGCCGCCAUCAUCGGCUGGUGCAGUUUUUCUGCCUCGAAGAUCUUCAUCUCUGCUCUGGCGAUGGACGGCCAGCAGCUGCUCGUGGCUUACCCCUGCGCUCUGCUCUACGGAGUUUUUGCCCUCAUCUCCGUAUUCUGAACUUUAUUUACAGGACAAACGACGCACCAACACACACUUUUCCUCGUACUCAAUGGCCGCUUUGAAACAAAUUGCGUAGCCCAAGCCACGAUCCGGCUAAGCCAAGAACCUCCUCAUCAUUUAGCACAUUCCCUCUUUAACAUCUGCCAGAUGUGUCCAGCAGUUGUUCUCUCUCUCUUUUUUCUUUCUUUCUUUCUUUAAGUCAUGUUUACUCUAAGAACUCUCUGUCCAAUAGCAGAGCAGCGAUAUCUUUAGUUCUGUCAUUUCAGAUCGAUUUAUGUGGCUUUUUUCCUUGUUUAGACUAACGAAACAAAAUAAAACGGCUCUACAAAGACUAAAAGUGGACCAGAGGCAUGUAUAGUGAAUAAUUGUGUGUAAUCAAAUCGCAUUUCUGUCGCCUUCAACGCAACACACAGCUUUUGUGUCACUGUGUCACUAUAGGACGCGAAACUAAGUGCUGUUUUUCUGCCGUGCUCAGCAUGUUCUCCGUCACUGAAAAAAAGCUUUGGUCACAUUCAUACCCACUGAAAAAUGUAUUUCUUCCCCUGGUGUUUUCUUUUUUUCUUUUUUUUAAUAAACGAACGCAGCAGUAUGGUAAUGGUCAGUGAAAUGGACAGAGCCCUGGAAACCUGAUCGCCACGGCUCUUAUUGUGGCGUAAGUAUGAACCUGUAGUAGGUUUUUUUUAUUUACUAAUUUUGCUGAAAUGUUGCCAUAAGGUCUUUGAUUUCUUUUGCUAUUUGAAAGGCAGGUCAUGACUUUGCACAAGCGUACACUUCACUUCAGUACAAGCUUCUGGUUUGCUCUCUGUUUGACUUUGUACAGUAAAUGUCAGGGAGCUGAGGUCACAUGACUUAAGCUGCCCACGAUAUUUAUACACCAUGUAAUUUUUUUUUUUUUUUUUUUUUUUUUUUUUUGUACAUCUGGGAGAGACCAAUUUUUUGUUUUUUUUUAUCUCUUCUGUGAAAAGUCAGUUAGACAAUGGUUGAGUGUUACACUUGUGCUGUUUCACAGGCCAUGUUUCCAAAAUAAAUGGGUUGAAGAUA